AUGGAGCCCUGCUAUACAGCCAGCUCUAUUCUUGUGACGGUGAAUACCUUACAGGGAAAGAAAAUGGUGGAGAGCGGGCUCCAAUCCGGGGACUUUUCCAUCCCCACAUCGUGGCCCUCCUGCCUGCCCCUGCCCGCUGAUGUGGAGAUCUUGCAGCAAAAAGUGGCGGGCUUGCAGCGGGAGCUGGAGGACUUUAAGAAGGAGGCGCUGGUGUCCAUUCACUCCCUGGAAGAUGCUUUCUGCGAGAUGAACAGGGCCCUGGGGCAGCAGGAGGAGCAGGCGGCACGUGUGAAGCAGCGGCUUCGAGAGGAAGAGGACCGGGGUGUGGUGAGGAACAAAGUGCUCACCUUCCUGCUGCCCCGAGAGAAGCAGCUGCGGGAGCACUGCCGGCGCCUGGAGUGCAUGCUGCUGGACAGGGGCUGUGCGCACAGCGUGCCCAGGAACGUCCAGGCCCACUGA